GCUGAUCAGUUCUCCCCUCCUCAGAGCCUCCACUUGGAGUAAGAGUCAACCUCAAACCACAAGACACUUCCUGCUCCGAAGCUUUUUAACUGCUUUUGAGACCUCACAUUGAAGAUGGCUCAGGCAACAACAGUCGUCGUGACUCAACCUGGAUUUGUUCGUGCUCCUCAAAAUUCCAACUGGCAGACCGGCCUGUGUGAUUGCUUCAGCGAUUGCGGAGUCUGCCUCUGUGGGCUGUUUUGCUUUACGUGUCUCGGAUGUCAAGUGGCAGCCGACAUGAAUGAAUGCUGCUUGUGUGGGACGACAGUGGCAAUGCGGACCCUCUACCGAACCCGAUACGGCAUUCCCGGCUCUAUUUGUGAUGAUUACAUGGCCACCUUAUGCUGUCCUGUUUGCUCUCUGUGCCAAAUCAAGAGAGACAUUAACAGGAGGAGAGCCAUGAAUGCUUUCUAAGGAGCUGGAAGGCGAGAGCACUCGCUGGAGCAGCUGAAUCCAGCACAUACCUCCUCAGCCCAAGUCCUUCCAAAUCUGUGCAGCUGAGAUGCGAUGGGUGCGCUUAGUGACAAGAUGCUGACGUUUUAAAAAUCGGGCCUUCUAAUGUAUUUUAAAUGGCUGCGGCUCCUCGACUUGGUUUCUCCUUGCUUCUGCGUCAUCAAAUAUUCCAGCUUAUAAAUUUUUUACAUUUUAAGCAUAAACCAAAUAAAAGGUUUUGCUAAGAA